AUGCUCGUGUGCAUUGACUACCGAUGCAAACGGGUUAAUUUGAAACGUCUCCGUAGAGGAGAGCGAGCCGAGCUGAUCAAUCUGUUGCCUAUUUUGGAAGGCCUGGAGGGUAUUCGUAGUGCAUCACAGCUGAGUGAGGCGCUGAUUGAGCGAUGGAAGGGAGAUAUGUCGAAAGCGCAGAUGUUGAGGUAUACAAGGUCGGUUUGCCGAAUGACUCCUAUAAGAUCGCUCACCAACAUCACGUGUAGCCUCACUGAGCUCCUAUCUCUGCCCCUAUUACAAUAUCGCUACGCCUCGCCGAUCGAUUCGGUGGCUAGAGACCCUAGGACUGGGAGGCGGCUCGGGUGGUGGAGGCAACUGUCUGAAUUCGCUACGUGUUUGACGGUUGAAUCUCUGACGUCAAUCGAGAGAGCUGUGUCAACCACUCAGACUGUGCUGGAGACAGCAUCGCAGUUGGUGGGGACCAGUGGGGCGUCUACUACUUCCUCUUCCUCUUCGUCGUCGUCGUCGAGUCAUGCGGCGUUGGGAUGGACAGCAGUGGAGUAUGUUGAUGAGAAAGAGGCCAGCGGAGGAAACCGGCUGUCGUCUUCUGUUGUGAUUGAGGACGACUAUGAUGAUGACGAUGAGGAGGAGGAGUGGUUAUCAGUUGAGCGUGGAGCGGUACGAGAUAGGCUUUUCGCACCGAGUGACCGAGUGGAACAACUUCAAUUUGUGACUCAACGAUUGUCGAGAGAAAUUCAGAACGCUGGAAGGGAUGCCCUCAUGGGUCCAUUACAGGAGUAUGCUCAUGGUCGGGCUACAACGGAGAGUGUUGUUGUGUCGAUGGCACGAGGAGUGCCUCUUUGUAUUCUACGUCCAGCCGCAGGGGCAACUGAGGUGGUGUCGGCAGCGUUGCGAACGGCGACGAGCUCUCUUGAUAAGGGCAAGUCGGAACGGGAGCGCGAAAGGAACAAGAUUGUUGUUGUUGUCAAUUCUGAAGGCCCCCCCAUGGGGGUUCAUCUUUGCAUCAUUUGCAAGGCAUUCACGAACACUUGCUUGGUCGUUGGGGAUAUAUAG